GUUCUAAAAGAAUCUGGCCGUAAGCCUUCCAAGAAUAAGCCUUCUCCUUUUAUAACUUUCGCUCCGCUUCAGCUUACGGCUGAGAUUCACAAAAAUUUGCAAAAACAGCCAACAUAUCAUCUGCUUUCAAUCAUCUCUCGUCUCAUGCAACGUUCCACCUCGAAAGUCUACUUCGGUUCCGUUUACGCUACUCGUCGCGACCUUGCACCAGAGACAACCAUACGUGCAGUUGGUUCUUUUCGUGCCGACUAUGCAGCCAAGGCCCUAGUUUCCCGUGGAUGCACUGUAUCCGAUCAGCUCCUUCUAAACAACUUCAAGGUGGAGUCAGAAGAUGAGUUGGUGGACAACCAUAUAUUCUUCGAUAGAGUACGAUGGUGCAUGAAGGUAAAACUGUCAUUCUACGAAUGUGAUAAUAUCGAAUUUAGAGGAGUUGUUAAGGAAUGCGAUCGUGCUUGUGAAGAGGCGUUAGAGAAUUUAUUGUGUGCGAUAGAUGAAAGGAGAAUCAUGGAUCUUCUCAGGGCUUUCCACCAAAUGUAU